AUGACAGCAAUGAACGAAAACCAACUUACUGGCAAGCACGUCAAUGUCGCCAUGAUGACCUCUGGAGGACUAGCUCCCUGCCUUUCCUGCAGUAUCUCCCGGUUGGCACACUAUUGGAUCCAAGCCUUGAAGGAUGGAAAGAUUGGAGGAUUGACCCUCCGCAUGUACAAGGACGGGUACAAGGGAGUCUUGAUUGGAGACUCCUUCGUUGUCCCCGAAUCAGACUGGGAAAGCAUGGAAGCCUUGGACUUCAUUGGUGGAUCUCCCAUUGGAAACUCUCGUGUCAAGUUGACCAACGAAGCCGACUGCAAGAAGCGUGGCUUCAUCAAGGAUGACGAGACUCCCCUUGAAGCUGCCGCCCAACGAUUGCUCAAGGACGAAAUUCACGUCUUGCACACGAUUGGAGGAGAUGACACCAACACUCAAGCUGCUUUUCUCUCCAAGUACCUUUUGGAGCAGCACGGCGGCAAGGUUGUUGUCGUUGGUAUGCCCAAGACCAUCGACAAUGACGUUGUCCCCAUUCGUCAAACUUUCGGGGCCGACACUGCUGCCCGCCAAGGAGCCAUCUUCUUCACCAAUGUGGUCAGUGAAACUUCUGCCAACCCCCGCAUGCUUGUCUUGCACGAAGUCAUGGGACGUGACUGCGGAUACCUCACUGCCAAGACUGCUGCCUACUACCGCGAAUCGUUGAACGCGCAAAAGUUUGCCAGCCCACUUUUCCCCUCCAACAAGGAAUCCAGAGAUGUCCAUGCCAUCUGGAUCCCCGAAACCAAGUUUGAUCUUAAAACCGAGGCCGCACGCCUACAAAAGGUGAUGGAUACCUAUGGAUGCGUCAACGUCUUUUUCGGUGAAGGUACUGGUAUCGAAGAAAUUAUCAAGGACAUGGAAUCCCGCGGCGAAACAGUUGCCCGUGAUGCCUUUGGACACGUCUCUCUUGCCAAGAUCAACCCUGGAGAAUACUUUGCCAAGAAUCUUUCCGCUGCCAUUGGUGCCGAAAAGACCAUUGUCCAAAAGUCCGGAUACUUUGCCCGAUCCGCCGCCGCUAAUGACUUUGACCGCAAGCUCAUUGCCGACUGCGCCAAAGUAGGUGUCGAAUCUGCCAUUCAAGGCGUUUCCGGUUGCAUGGGACAAGAUGAAGAAAAGGAGGGCAUGCCCAUUCGUGCCAUUGAAUUCGAGCGAAUCAAGGGAGGAAAGGCUUUUGAUAUUUCAGAAACUUGGUUCCAAGAUAUGAUGAAGGAAAUUGGACAAACUGCCUAA